CACUGCUGGUGUUGCAGGAGGCUGGGCGCACUUGCUACCAGCUUGGGCCCAGCAGGGAUCUGGGAGCAGCCCCUGGCAGCUGGGGUGUAGAAUGGGGGCAAUGGGUCUGGCAGGGCCCUCCCUCCUCUCCCAGCCGCUGCCUGACCUCAUCCCCGCUCGCAUGUCCCAGGCAGGACUAUGGCUUCUGCAGCAGCAGCAGCAACGACAGAGAAGGGGUCUCCAGUCGUGGUGGGUCUGCUGGUCGUGGGCAACAUCGUUAUUCUGCUGUCAGGCCUGGCCCUAUUUGCCGAAACGGUAUGGGUGACCGCCGACCAGUACCGUGUGUACCCACUGAUGGGCGUCUCCGGCAAGGAUGACGUCUUCGCCGGUGCCUGGAUCGCCAUCUUCUGCGGCUUCUCCUUCUUCGUGGUGGCCAGCUUUGGUGUGGGUGCAGCGCUCUGCCGCCGCCGGUCCAUGAUCCUCACGUACCUGGUGCUGAUGCUCAUCAUCUACAUCUUUGAGUGCGCCUCCUGCAUCACGUCCUACACCCACCGGGACUAUAUGGUGUCCAACCCAUCCCUGAUCACCAAGCAGAUGCUGACCUUCUACAGCGCAAACUCGGACCAGGGCCGGGAACUGACCCGCCUCUGGGAUCGCAUCAUGACUGAGCAAGAGUGCUGUGGCACGUCGGGCCCCAUGGACUGGGUGAACUUCACAUCAGCCUUCCGGGCCACCACCCCAGAGGUGGUGUUCCCCUGGCCCCCGCUGUGCUGUCGACGGACUGGCAACUUCAUCCCCCUCAAUGAAGAAGGCUGCCGCCUGGGCGACUUGGACUACCUGUUCACCAAGGGCUGCUUCGAACACAUCGGCCAUGCCAUCAACAGCUACACGUGGGGCAUCUCAUGGUUUGGAUUUGCCAUCCUGAUGUGGACGCUCCCUGUGAUGCUGAUGGCCAUGUAUUUCUACACCACGUUGUGA